AUGACGCCAGUAGAGAUUCGCAGGGCCAGCCCUAUUGGCAGCCCCAUGAGUCCGAGUGCCGUAGUAUCACCCUGGACCAAGGACGGCACGUACAUUAUAGAGGCCACGCGCAAGGCGCACGCCUGUUGUAAGUCAUGCAAUGCCAUCAUUGAGGCUGGUCGUCUGCGUGUGGGUGUCGUAUACCAGCAUCGCAAUGGCUUUGUAUGCAUCAACUGGCACCACGUCGAGUGUUACAAGACCGUGAGCGAGAUUCCACUCCAGUGUUUUGAGGGUUUUAGUGACCUUGACCGGCAACAGCAAAAAGUGGUUGAAAGCUAUCACCUCACGAAGCUCGACGCGCCUUAUCUGCCCAAUCGUGUCAAUCGUACCUGCUCCGUAUGA